CAUCAGUCGAUAAAUAGUGAAGUUCGAAUGGUUUGCUUGAUUUCAGACCUUACUACUUAAUCUCCGGGGGUUUUACGCUAUCGGUCUGUAUCGACGGUAAAGGCAGCAGUUUCUUACCAAGAAAGCAGAAAAUCCAAAUAAGGCAGAAGGUUAGAGGCGCGAUCAACUGUGAACCGGCACUUUCGGAAUCGGGUUACACGCGCCUCCCAGGCUCGUAAGAGCGUCUCCCGCGGAGCGCGAUUAAAAUACGGGCAAGUGGCGCGGUGCGCCUACUCUCAUCCCUGGGCGAGAGGAAUCAGCGGCGCGCAGCUUUAGCCCCCAGAGUCCAAGGCAGAGGUGACAGCGGCAAGGGAACCUGGUCAUAGGACGGAACCAGAAAGGAGGAGCCCGUCCUUCCUGGGCCGGCAGAAGAUGGGAGACGUUAAGCUUGUGACUGCCACUCAGAUCUCCAAGACCAACCUGACCUUGGCGAUGGCUUCCCCGAGGAACGAGCCGCCGGCCUUCAUCCUGCCCCCCCGCAACGCCCGGGUCAGCCAAGGGGGCACGGCCCGGUUUGAGGGGAAGGUCAGAGGGUACCCCGAACCUCACGUGACGUGGCACAGAGAUGGGAAGCCGCUGACGCCGGGAGACCACCACGCCAUGGAGCAGAGUCCUCGGGGGGGGUUCAGCCUGGUGGUCCGGACCGUCCGGGAGGAGGACGCCGGCCGCUAUACCUGCCACGCCGCCAACGAUGCCGGAAGCUGUCAGGUCACCGUGGAGCUCACUGCGGAAGGAAAUGCAGAGAGAAGAUUUUACCUUCCGUCCUCCACUAGGACAGCAGGGGGGCGAACUCCUGUUGUGGAGAACCGGCCCAGUAUCUGGGGCGAAAGCCCACCAAAGUUCGUGACAAAGCCCUCACGCCUCUACCUCAGGGCGGGCCAGAGCGGCAAGUUGUCGGCCAAGAUCACAGGCCGUCCCCAGCCUCAGGUCCUGUGGCUCAGGGGGGAGGCGGAGCUGCCAUCUGGUGGGAGGUUCAGCACGUUCGAGAGGCAGGGGGUCCACUACCUGGAAGUCACCGAUGCACGAGCGGAGGAUGCAGGGACGUACACGUGCUUCGUGGUCAACAGUGCCGGCAAGGCCACAGCAACAGCAGAGCUGAUGGUUCAAGGUUCCUGUACUGAAGGAGACACCCAACACAGCAGCAGUCUGGCCGCUUCUGCUGCCGUCGUGCCAAAAUCAACCGAACCGCUAACAGUGAAGCACACAAGCCGCGGGCCAGUACGCGGUGACCCGCCAACUGGGAUGGUGGAGAGGAAGGAGACUGCCGAGGGGCUGAGGACCGGCGUACAACCCCAGAAACUUCAAUCCGAGGCCAUGGUGGAGCAUCCCAGCAAGGCCAUGGGACUGGGUUCGAGUCAGCCGCCUAGGCAUGGCUCCGAUUCUCGAACCGGGAGGAAGUUCGAGCGGGCAGGGGACAGCGCUGAGCGCAUGCUCCCGGAAACCACAUCCCUAGAGCCUGCCAGGGAGGUCCGGAGGUUCGGAAGGGACAGCAGGCUUGACGAGACCAGAAGCCCACCCCUGUUUGACCUUCAGCCACAGAGUCAGGAAGUCUUGGAGGGGUCAAAGGUCACGUUCAGAUGCCAAGUUUCAGGUGUUCCAGCUCCGACCCUGAGCUGGAUCAAAGACGGGCUGGUUCUGAGAGGAGGCGCGGGACUCCGAAUCCAGCAGGAAGGGAACCUGCACCUCCUCUGCCUGGACAGAGUUCGCAAGGAGGACAGCGGGAGCUUUGGCUGCGCGGCGACGAACAGCAAGGGACAGGCCUCUGCAACCUGGACACUCCUUGUCAAGAGCAUCAGAGCGGACGGCCGGGCUCCGGUCUUCAGCAGUGUGCUGCAGGAACGCACGGUGAACGAGGGCCAGGACUUCGUCCUGCGGUGCUCCGUACAGGGCAGGCCUUCACCGCGUAUCGCCUGGGUCCUGAAUGAUCAGCCCCUCACUCUGGCCUGCUGCUCAUACGAGGCCGGAGAUGCCCGUCUGGAGGUGCGGGGUGCCCAGCUUGGGGAUGCUGGCUCCUACGUGUGUGUGGCUGAGAACACUCAUGGGAGGGCUGCCUGUUCGGCCGCGGUGAUUGUCAGAGAGAGGAAGACUUCUGAAGGGACGAAGCAUGGGAAGGCGAGCGAGGCGAAGAAGCCGCUGGCCCCCGCCUUCCUGAGGGAACUGGCCGACCUGCAGGUGUUGGACGGCAGCCGCGUCUGCAUGACGGUGAAGGUGGCAGGCUGCCCCCAGCCCCAGGUCGCCUGGCUGCACAACGGCCAAGAGGUCCAGGAGUCCGAGGACUUCCACUUUGAGCGGAGGGGCAGCGAGCACAGCUUGGUGAUCCAGGAGGUUUUCCCAGAGGACACUGGGAAGUACACCUGUGAGGCGUGGAACGAGCUGGGGGGAGCACACACCGAGGCCACCCUCACGGUACAAGAACCCCAGGAUGGAGUCCAGCCCUGGUUCAUCACCAAACCCAAGUCUCUGACGGCCUGCUUGGGUCAGCAUUCACUGCUGUCCUGCGCUAUCGCCGGGGACCCCUUCCCACAGUUCCAGUGGAAGAAGGCUGGCCGGGUGUUGUCCUCAGGCUUGGACUACGAGGUUCUGCAGAAGGAGGACGUGGUGUCUCUGCUUAUCAGGAGGGUCAAGGCUCACCAUGCUGGAGACUACGAGAUCAGCCUGAAAAACAAAGUCGGGGGCUGCAGCUGUGUGGCCCGUGUCCUGCUCAGCGAGGAGCCUGUUGGGUGCACAGGGUCUGCGGCGAGACCCCCCCAGCUAGGGGCUUGUCAGGGUGCUGGGGGAGAGGACAGCCCAGAGCAAGGCGGAGGCGCCGAGUGUGAGGAGCAGGAGCAGGAGUUUGGAGAGUCACUGGACAGCAGGGGCCUCCUGAAGAGGCGCGUGGAGACGCGGCAGCACGGCGAGGAGCAUAUCCGACAGCAGGAGGCCGAGCAGCGUGACUUCCGAGGAGUGCUGGGCAGGAAGGUCGAUACCAAGAGCCUUUCUGAGGAGGACCUGAAGGAGAUUACCGCCGAGCAGAUGGACUUCCGGGCCAACCUCCAGCGGCAGGUGAAGCCCAAGACCCUGUCUGAAGAUGAGCGGAAGAUCAACGCGCCUCAGCAGGUGGACUUCCGUAGCAUCCUGGGGAAGAAAGGGGCCGGCGGGCCCAAGGCUGAUCCCGGCAAGGUGGAGCCACCCAAAAAUGCCACGACUGAUUUUCGGUCGGUGCUGAGCAACAAGAAGAAGCCAGCAGCUGUGGAGAACAACACAGAGAGCCCGGCGCCCAAGGAAGCACCCAAGGUGGCGCCCAAGGAGGUGCCCCAGGUACCCAAGGUGGUGCCCAAGGAGGCGCCCAAGGAGGUGUCCCAGGUACCCAAAGUGGCGCCUAAGGAGGUACCCCAGAUACCCAAGGUGGUGCCCAAGGAGGCGCCCAAGGAGGUAUCCAAGGUGGCCCCCAAGGAGAUACCCCAGGCACCUAAGGAGGUGCCCCAGAUACCCAAGGUGGCGCCUAAGGAGGCACCCAAGGAGGUACCCAAGGUGGCCCCCAAGGAGAUACCCCAGGCACCUAAGGAGGUGCCCCAGAUACCCAAGGUGGCACCUAAGGAGGUGCCCAAGGAGGCGCCCAAGGUGGCACCUAAGGAGGUGACUAAGGAGGCACACAAGGAGGCGCCCAAGGUGGCACCUAAGGAGGUGACUAAGGAGGCACACAAGGAGGUGCCCAAGGAUGCGCCCAAGGAAGUAUCCAAGGAGGCACCCCAGAUACCCAAGGUGGCCCCCAAGGAGCUGUCAAAGAAUGACAUCAACUGCGUGGACGGCAGGAUUAAUGGGCAGAAGAACGGUGGCGUGGGGAUGGCGCCCGUGUUCACUCAGGCGCUGAGCGAUGCCAGUGUGCUGGACGGGGAGCGCCUGCAGCUGGAAUGCCAAGUCAGCGCCGAGCCACCGGCCACCAUCACCUGGACACUGGAUGGGAAGGUCAUCAAGCCCUCGAAAUUCAUUCUCCUCUCUGAGCAAGAAGGCCACUGCUUCCUGACCAUUGACAAGGCCCUUCCGGAAGACGAAGGACAGUACAAAUGUCGAGCUGAGAAUGCCGCGGGGAGGGUCGAAUGCGCCUGCAUGGUCCUGGUGGACGAUCCCGAGGACACGAGCGCGACGGCAGCAGACAAGAAGACCAGAAAGGCAGCUCCUACCACAGAGAAUGAGGCAAGGAUAAAGAAGAAGCCAGCCCCUAAGACUCCUCCAAAACAGGGCGCUCCACCUCAGGUCAUCCAGUUCCCCGAAGACAUGAAGAUCCUAGCGGGAGAGAAAGUGGACCUGCUGUGCAAGUUUGGAGGUGCUCCACCUAUCACCUGCACCUGGCUAAAGUUCAGGAAGCCGAUCCCAGAAGGGAAAGAUGACAUGACCAUGGAGACCGCUGAGUCCACCAGUCAACUAACCAUAUACCCCACCAAGCCAGAUCACUCUGGCUGUUACACCAUUGAGCUGCAGAACAAGUUUGGCACCAAGCUGGCAUCACUCAACCUCACCAUCGUGGACAAACCCGACCCCCCUGCCCGGGUACCAGCAGCCUCCGAUAUCCGCAAGUCGAGCCUCACUCUGUCGUGGUAUGGACCCACCUACGACGGAGGCAGCGUGGUCCAGUCCUACAACCUCGAGAUCUGGAACUCGGUGGACAAAGAGUGGAAGCCACUCACCUCCUGCAAAAGCACCUCCUUCAAUGUCCAAGACUUAAUGGCAGACAGGCAGUACAAGUUCCGGGUACGAGCCGUCAACAUUUAUGGCACUGGGGAGCCCAGCGCUGAGUCAGAUCCAGUAACGGUUGGAGUGGAAGAAGAAGAAAAGAAAAAGGUUGAGGAAGAGGAGGAACCUGAAGCUUCUGAUGAAGUUUUAUCCGAUUGUUUUGCAGAAACAAAACCAGAAUACAGAGAUGUGGUCAUUAAAACCGACCAAACGGUCAAAGAUUUCUACAACGUGGAGGAACGACUUGGGACGGGGAAAUUUGGACAGGUGUUUAAACUGGUGGAGAAGUCCAGUAAAAAAGUAUGGGCUGGGAAGUUCAUCAAAGCGUUCUCGGCGAAAGACAAAGAGAGUGUGAGACAGGAGAUCGGCAUCAUGAACUGCCUGCACCACCCCAAGCUGGUCCAGUGUGUGGAUGCCUUUGAGGGCAAGUCCGACAUCGUCAUGGUCAUGGAGAUGAUCUCUGGAGGGGAGCUGUUUGAGCGGAUCAUCGAUGAGGACUUCGAGCUCUCGGAGCGGGAGGUCAUCAAGUACAUGCUGCAGAUCAUCGACGGCGUCAAUUUCAUCCACAACCAGGACAUCGUCCACCUGGACCUGAAGCCCGAGAACAUCAUGUGUGUCAACAAGACGGGUAGCAAGAUCAAGCUCAUCGACUUUGGCCUCGCCCGUCGAUUAGAAAACUCAGGAUCCCUCAAGGUUCUUUUUGGGACACCAGAAUUUGUGGCUCCGGAGGUGAUUAACUAUGAGCCAAUCAGCUAUCAGACUGACAUGUGGAGUAUAGGAGUCAUCUGCUACAUCCUGGUGAGCGGACUUUCCCCCUUCAUGGGAGAUGAUGACAAUGAAACACUGUCCAAUGUGACUUCGGCCACGUGGGAUUUUGAGGACGAGGCCUUCGACGAGAUCUCCGAGGAGGCCAAAGACUUCAUCAGCAAACUUCUGAAGAAAAACCUAAAGGCUCGGUUGACAUGUCCUCAGUGCUUAGACCAUCCCUGGCUGAAGCAAGACACAAAGACUAUGGAGGCCAAGCAGCUUUCAAAGGAGAGAAUGAAGAAGUACCUUUUGAGGCGGAAAUGGCAGAAAACGGGUCACGCGGUCCGAGCCAUCGGCAGACUGUCCUCCAUGGCCAUGCUGUCAGGCAUCAGCGCAAAGAAGGGCGGCUCUCCCACCGGAAACCCGACUGAAGAUGAUCUGGCCAACCAGUUGCUGGAGACCAUCGAGGAUGAAGAAAAGCCUCAUACCAAGCCCAUCUUCAUCACCGUCAUAAAGGACGUGGAGGUCGUAGAGGGCAGCGCCGCUCGCUUCGACUGCAAGAUCGAGGGAUACCCUGACCCAGAUGUGGUGUGGUACAAGGACGACCAGCCCAUCAAGGAGACGCGUCACUUCCAGAUAGACUACGACGAGGAAGGGAAGUGCAGCCUGGUCAUCUCUGAGGUGUCCAGCGACGACGACGCCAAGUACACCUGCAAGGCCGUCAACAGCCUGGGUGAGGCCACCUGCACGGCCGAGCUCCUUGUGGAGUUCAUGACCGAGGAAGAAGGAGAGGAUGCCGGGGAGGAGGGGGAGGGGGAGGAGGAAUAGAAGAAAGACAUGUGAACUCCUUCGCCAGUGAACUUAUCCUGUUUUCAUGACCGCUUGCUUCCUCUGACAGACUGACCAAUGGGGGAAGAGCACACUUUCAUCACACUGUCCCUAUGAUCCUGCACUUUCUCUCUUAACAGUAAUAGCAUAUAUCAGGCGUUAAUUAAUACUGCAACAUCCUUGACAUUCCAGCGAUGUUCCAACCGGUUUAUAAGCAGGUAUUCCGAUUCCGCACUUCGCCAAAGAGGUUUAGAAAAACCGAAGAAGCCAAACUGACAUCCACAUGUGAUUGUGUUUUCGUUUCAGUUUGAUGUUUGAAGUUGCUGAGAUGUUUGCCCCCCCCCCCUUUUGAAAUCGUGUUUUUUAAUGCAUCAGUUUUAAAUUUAUUUAAGCACAGAGUCCAUAUCGUGUCGUAGUUUCUGCGUAAGUUUUAAGCAUGCAGCUCUCCACCGUUUCCCGAAUUGCAGUUAUAGACAAAUCGAAACAAGUGACACUAUUUUAUAGGCCAUUAUGUCUUUAAUUUUUAUAAAGUGUAUCGGUUUGACCAACUGCUGACUUCAAGUAAUGAGAAACACUACAGCUGUAGUUACUCACUGUUCCAGAAUAAAUGUUAUCACAAAAACCCUA